CUAGGUAUGACCUUGGAGUUUUCAGACUGACUUUUGACCAAUGAGAACGGCCAAAAUCAGGAGUUUCUCUUUUAAAUAACAUAAGAAUCAAAUGUUUAUGUUUAGAAGUUUUCUAAAGGGGCGUAAACCCUUGGUUGCUUUAUUUCUUGAAGUCUGGGAUUUUUUCACACAACCGUUUGGAAUAGUCGCUGAAAUGACCAACUGAGACAAUUGUUUCGGUAUUAAUGCUCUUAAAACAAAAUAGUAAAUUAUUGGUGCCCUUCGUCGACUCGUAUGACACCAUCAAGUUGUCUAUUCUGAAUAUAAAAAACGUGAUGAAAUUUUACAAAAUUUUGUUUCAUGUAAAAUUUGCAAUGAAGGGAAUAAGCGUUGUGUUGUUUUCCUUUUACAUUAUGUCCCCACCGUACAAUGCCACAAAAAGCCUCCAAUUUUUAAUCUGAGGGGACUUAAGGUCGAACAAAGUAGUUUGAAAACUACUGGUCAGUGCUUAAAUGAUAUUCAACAUUAUCGUCUAAAGUUUGUUUGACCCGGCAGUUUAGUAAUUAGACACACUUGUCAGGCCUAUUACUGAAGGGUUAAAUUGACUAUGAUACUACUAUGUAAUCGAAAUACCUAACGACUGAAUAAUGUUAAAUACCGGUACUUAAGAUGGACUAUGGCCAUAGUCCAUUUUCAUAGAUGCAGUCAAGUGGAUGAAAAAUAUGCACUGAGAUCUAACAAGGAAGUGUUAGUAAGAAACUAUGCGUAAUUUAUCCGUUUGAAGGCUCUCCUGCAAGCCUAAGUUCUGUUCGCUUUCGUAUGACUGUUGACUACGGAGUGUACACAAAUAAGUAUGAUUUACCUUGCUAAUCGAACCUUUAAACAACAUUUCGAGAAGACAUUUUUAUCGUUAAGUUAGUUUUAUAACCUGAAAGCUAUGAUAACUGGGCGAGUGGGAAUCUUUCACUUAGAGCAUCUCAUAAUAACAAUACAGAAUCUCUGUUGCUUAUAUUCAAGCCUAUUUGAGUGCAAAAUUGACGUACAAAGUAAAGGUUAAGGGGUGUGAUCCGUAAAGUACUAUCACUUCAGUAGAGAAUAAGACUUAUUAGGUAAUCUAAAACAACUCACCAUACAACAUUUUUGAAUGGUAAGAUAUAUAUUUUUCGAAAUUCAUUGUUAGGUUGGAGGUGGAUACAUUACAUUAUGGUUUAUUUCUUAAGUAGUUGAUUCUAAGUACUGCUUUGCAAAGUAACACGGUCGUGUCAGCCGUUUAUAAGCAAUUUUGUGAAAUGUCUUCAACCCUUGAUGUAUUUCAAUUAUUUCUAGCACGAUGACAGAAAAUUAGAAUAAGCUCAAUAGAGGCUAAUUAAAAAAUCUGAGUCUCUUGCUUUCAGUUAACGGUAAAAGAUAUAUUCUUAAAGUCAGACUCUGACUUGGCUUCGGAGGUUACGCUCAACUUCCAAUACUAUAUAUGGGGUUUAUACAGCAUACAACUAGCCAAGCCAAAUAGGGCCUCGGUUUGUGCUCUAAUCAAAUAAGUAGGAUCAAUUAAACACAAACUGUGCCACUUUUGUUUUGUCAAAAAUGUUCAAUCUUCUUUUAAAACUAUUCAAACUGCAGUAAGAUUAUUAUUAUAUCUGUAGGAACCCAAUACUUCCUAAAUAAUGAAGAUUGUGAUUAUCAGUCUGUUAGUGAUAACUAGCCGUUUAUCCCAAUAUUUUUCUUCAUCUACCACGUUGAAGUACUUAUUAUUGCUCAGAUUUCCUUUUUAGACAAACCUUAAAUCUUAGCGAUUUAUAAUCCGAAUGUCUGAAAUUGCAACGCAUCGAACGCCAAUCAGCAUUUUACAAGAAGUGUGCGUAAAGAAAGGAAUAACUCCGAUCUACGAACUUGUGUCAAGUGAAGGACCGAUCCAUGAGCCACUUUAUGUAUUUUUGUGCACAGCCGGUCCAUUCAGUGCCACUUCUAAAGGAGCGAGUAAGAAGAGAGCCAAACAUCAAGCAUCAUAUUUAAUUUUACUAAAGAUGCUGAACAGCAGGCUUUUGACAGAGUCGGAAAAAUAUACUCUGCGGGAUAUACAUAUUGCCGCGGUCAACGUUCUAGGAUCUGACUUUAUGGACUCACUUGAUGAUAUAGAACUGGAUGGCCUACCAAAUAAAAUAAAACAGGAAGAGGAAGAAAAAUACCUGGCCACCGCCAUCCUAUGAAUUCUUAACCAUACCGCAGUCUACCCCAUCGGGUAAUGAAUACAGUUGCAAAGUCAGGUUGUGGAAAUGGACUCAUACAGGUAAAAUUAACAUUUUUGUGGGAAUAUUACAGGAUUUGGAAAUUCCAAAAAAUCUGCAAAGCGACGCGCAGCCCUAGGACUUUUAGAUAAUAUUAUCAAAAAUAAUCUGACUAUACCUCAAGAGGCUUUGGAUGAUAUGGAAGAAGAAACCCUUUCUUUACUUGACAAACAGGACCAGUCUGAUCUGAAGGAAAAUAAAUUAGAAAAUGAGGCAACUGCUCGUAUUUCUUCCAAAGCUCUUCGUGGUUUAUGGAAUAGAAAAGGUGGUAAAAUACGUGUUCCACCCAUAGAUAACCCUGAUAAGGUGGAUAACGCAUGUGAAUAUCUCCAGGAGAUUUGUGAUUGUGCAAAAAUUACUGUUGUAUAUACAUACGUUCCUGCAAACAGUCAGGGGAUGAUCUGCUGCUUUGCGGAACUUUCCACUCUACCACCACAUGUAAUCAAAAGUCAAUUGUCACCAAACCUGGCAAGUGCACGUAAAGAUGCUGCUCGCAGAUGUAUACUAUUUCUAAAGGCUAUGUCAUCUACAACACCUUGUCUUAACUACAGUGAAUGGUUUUCUGCUUCUCCUGAUAAUUAUUUGAAAUAGAUUUAAGUAAUUAAUUCUAUAUAUAUGUACAUACAUUUGCCCAUCUUGUUUUCGAUUACGCUCGUGAGGAUCAAAUUCAAGAUAAUCUAGGGCAAUGAAAAAAGUAUAUCUCUUGUAGCAGAAAUAUUUGAUGACCCUUACAGUAUAACCUCCCUAAAAUGUUGUUUCACGGUGCACU